AUGUCACGAUUGCAUAUCAACGCACAAAAUCAAACAGCCAACCGCACGAGGAGAACGCGCGCGCGAGCCAAAGGGGGCCUUUGGCGACUGAGGAUGACAGACGCCUUUUUGUGUCAGAACGGAAGUGUACUGGGUAUUCAACAACAGGCCAAAUCGGCGAGUCAUUCAAAGCAUCCCAUAUGGAGGUCAAUACAUUGUCAAUCAAACAGAGAUCAUGAUUCACCAUCUGCUGCUUGGAAUGAGAGUCCUACGGCAUUCGUUCAGACAGUCCCAAAUUUUAGAGGUGUUAUUGCAGGCUUAGGAAUCGAUAUUCACUUCCGUAUUUUGGAAAGGAUUUUUAUUACCGGACCCGUCGGUGAAGACUACGAGGCCGACGAUGUAGGCUUGUUCCUUGCAAGAGGCUUCCGAGUACUUGACAAAGGUGAAAAAUCUUGGCAGACUUCAACGUUGCUGUCGAGUUGUCAACCAUAUGCGACGGGAUUAGUGCCAAUUCUUCUCUUGGAGAUGAGCAGUGAGUUGAUCAAAAAUAACGGACCAAAUGCAACUGCACAUGGUGACAUUAAUGAAGAGGAGGAAACAAUAUUUUACAUGUUCCCCGCCCAUGUACUGACUCAGCUUUACGCCUUUGUCAGGGCGGGAAUUCAUCAAUCAAUUUUGUCAAACAGGAGGACAGUAAAGAUACAACAUCUUCUUCACCGUAUAGGGCGCUACAUCAUCGAUUUUGCUGAUCCGAGAUUUUGGCUGUGUUGGAAGCCUUGCGUCAACAGCAAGAAAUUGCGAUUGGAAAUCAAGUAUCGACAGCGAAUUUUUGCGCCACCGAAUACCAACGAUGGCAACCAACAGGGCGCAAGAUUGUUAUUAACAAUUGGAUCCAAAGCGACAAAGACCAUCAAAUUGUUUAAAAAAGGAGCGACACCACGGCUUCGCAAAAUGAUUCAGAAUCACUACAAACAAUGGAAGAAAGACACGAAUUACUUUCUCGGCGGCGCGUUGGACCCAUCGAAUAAGGCUUUACGUCGGAGCGCCAAGAAAGCAG